AUGCCACUGGCUUCCCAUCAGUGGGCAGGUCUUUCUUUUGUCAGCAUGCUGGUUAAACAACUCAACUGGUGUGUUGUGUGUCCAGUCUCAAACUUGGCCUUGCUUCUACUUUUGCUGCUGAAGCUGCGUCCAAGCUCUGACUCCAAGAAGGCUGAAGAACAGCAUCCUUCAAGGGUGCUUGCCAGGACAGACGUGGACAAUGUAACUGAGCAAUUUCGACAACUGAGGAUUACUCAGGCGCACAGGCGCAAGGUCUUCCAGUACCAUACACAUCAUGGAUAUCAAGCCGGCCAGUUGGUGCAUGCAUGUGAGAACUGGCAAUGGUCAAGCUCGGUGUACUGGUAG